AUGUCUGUGGUGUCAGUCACCCAGUCUGUGGCGCAUGUACAACUCUGUGCUUGCAGGAGAGGGACAGGGCUGGGCAGUCCCCUGGAGGACGCAGGAGCCCGUGACACACAUGCCUGGAGCCAGCACUCUGGACUUUGGGAAACUCUGUCUGAGAACCUCUCACAGAAGGAGCCUGCUCCCUCUCUCCCUGUCCCCUUUUCCUUCCAGCUUUUCGGAGCCACAGCCCCUCUGUCAAUCCCGUGCAAUCCGAGCGAUGCGAGCCACGGGUACGUGCCAAUAAAGCCUGGGGUGCGUCUGCAUUUUGUGGAGCUGGGCUCCGGACCUGCUGUGUGUCUCUGCCAUGGAUUUCCUGAGAGCUGGUUCUCUUGGCGGUACCAGAUCCCUGCUCUGGCUCAGGCGGGUUUCCGGGUACUAGCUCUGGACAUGAAAGGCUAUGGAGAAUCAUCUGCUCCUCCUGAAAUAGAAGAAUAUUCCAUGGAAGUGUUAUGCCAGGAGAUAGUAACCUUCCUGGAUAAGUUGGGCAUCCCUCAAGCGGUGUUCAUUGGCCACGACUGGGGAGGCAUGCUGGUGUGGAACAUGGCUCUCUUCUACCCUGAGAGAGUGAGGGCAGUGGCCAGCUUGAAUACUCCCUUCAUACCGGCAAAUCCCAAUGUGUCCCCAAUGGAGAGGAUCAAAGCCAAUCCUGUUUUUGAUUACCAGCUCUACUUCCAAGAACCAGGAGUGGCUGAGGCCGAACUGGAACAGAACCUGAGUCGGACUUUCAAAAGCUUCUUCAGAGCAAGUGAUGACAUGAAUGGGGCUGAAUGUAUCAGCAUUGGAGAGUAG